AUGGUCUUAGGAAACCACAGCACCAUCACAGAAUUCAUCCUCCUUGGGCUAUCUGCUGACCCUCACACCCAAAUUCUCCUCUUUGCAUUUUUCCUGGAAAUUUACCUCCUGACCAUCAUGGGGAACCUGAUGAUGAUGAUGGCGAUUAUGACUGAUUCCCAUCUCCACACCCCCAUGUACUUCUUCUUGAGUCACCUCUCCUUCCUGGAUCUUUGUUUAACUUCAGUCACUGUGCCCAAGAUGCUGGAGAAUCUCCUGUCUCAGAAGAAAUCAGUAUCCAUAGAAAGCUGCCUCACUCAGGCAUUUUUUGUGUUUUCCAUCGCAGGGACUGAAACUUUUGUGCUCUCUGCCAUGGCCUAUGACCGCUAUACUGCCAUCUGCUACCCCCUGCUCUAUGACCAGGUGAUGAGUAAACAGUUGUGUGGGGGUCUGGUAUGGGUCUCAUGGGGACUGGGCUUUCUGGAUGCUCUCAUUAACACCCUCAUGGCUUGCAAUUUGGACUUCUGUGAGGCUCAUGUCAUACCUCACUUCAGCUGUGAACUGCCAUCUCUAUUCUCUCUGUCUUGCUCUGAUAUCUCCACCAACUUUGCAGUCCUGGUGUGCUCUGCCAUCAUUCAUGCCUCUGGAACCUUACUCCUGGUCUUCUUCUCUUACACCCGUAUUAUCUCCACCAUCCUGAGCAUCACCUCCACCUCAGGCAGAAGCAAGGCCUUCUCCACCUGCUCCUCCCACCUCACUGCAGUGAGUUUCUUCUAUGGAUCUGCUUUUCUUCGCUAUCUCAUGCCAACCUUAAGUUCCCCACUGGAGUUAAUUUUUUCCAUACAGUACAGUGUGGUCACUCCUCUAGUGAAUCCCCUUGUCUACAGCUUGAAGAACAAGGAAGUAAAAGCAGCUCUGAAAAGAAUGUUGCAAAAAGGUUUACAACAGCUCAGAGAGCAGAGAACAGGUAGAUUUGAAGGCUGAAACAGAAAAGGUACCAGAUGAGCCUGAAGCAUCUCGUAGCAACAGAAAGGAAGCACUCAACAA